CAUUCCCAUUUGGCAUUCUUGAAUUUUUCACUACACUCCAAACAGCCCAAAACCACCAACUUUCCCAGCACUUACGUGUACUGCUCCACCACCACUUCACAAGAACUCCAAACUCCCACACACAAAACAUUUUCUUAAAUAAAUCAUCAAAUCCGACCCUAAAAAAUCUUCCCUCUCUUCCCCAUUUUCGCACCACUCUCUCCCGACAAUCAACGGAAACCAAAAUCCAAGUUAUGGGUCCGAUCGUGUUGACUCAGUUGGCCACGGGUCUGAGUGUUUUGGCGGGUGCGGUUCUCGUCAAACAAGUGAUGGAUCAGAAUCCGAUGAUGGGUCCGGGCCGGGCUCCCAGAUGCCCCAGCUGUAAUGGAACGGGACGGGUCACAUGUAUGUGUACCCGUUGGUCGGACGGCGAUUAUGGGUGUCGGACUUGUGCCGGGUCGGGCCGCAUGGCGUGCAAUAAUUGCGGUGGAACUGGAACGGGCCGGCCUAUCCCUGUUCAGAUAUCGGUUCGCCCUCCCAACCAGCCCUCGUGAGGAUACUUCGGGUUUGUUGUUUAAAGAAAUUGAAGUGAUGUAAUAUAUAUAUUGUGGUAAAUUCUUGGAGAGAAGGAGAGAUAUAUGGGAAAUUGCCCUUAGGCUGUAAUUAAUGUGAUGAAUUUAUGAAAUGAGAUAGUUCUAUUGAUAAAUCUUUUCUGCAAGAUUUUAUUAAGGUUUGCCUCUUCCAUAAUUAUUGCAGUUUUGUGUGUGCUUUUAGAAUCUGUGUUAUGUCAUUUUGGUUUGAAGUUUAUCUGUCAGUAAUUAUUGUAAUAAUUAGAGAUUUCAGCUCUAACUUGAGCUUCUGUUCC